CGCAGAUAUGUGGCGUUCAGGGUCAGUGCAAGUUAUCGGGUGGUAACGACUGCGCAAUCGUCAUCCCUUUACGUAAUGACGUACAUCACUACGUCUCCGACGAGCCGAAAAUGGCGGAGUACCUGGCAUCCAUUUUCGGCACAGAGAAAGACAAGGUCAAUUGUUCCUUCUAUUUUAAAAUUGGAGCUUGCAGACAUGGAGACCGCUGCUCGAGAUUGCACAACAAACCAACCUUCAGCCAGACCAUCUUGAUUCAAAACAUCUACCGUAAUCCCCAGAACAGUGCACAGACGGCCGACGCUUCUCGCUGCGCCGUCAGCGAUGUGGAAAUGCAGGAGCACUAUGAUGAGUUCUUUGAGGAGGUGUUCACAGAGAUGGAGGAGAAGUAUGGGGAGGUGGAGGAGAUGAAUGUGUGCGAUAACUUGGGCGACCACCUUGUCGGCAAUGUCUACGUUAAGUUUCGUCGUGAGGAGGAUGCAGAGAAAGCAGUCAUGGACCUGAACAACCGUUGGUUCAACGGCCAACCCAUCCACGCAGAGCUCUCCCCCGUCACUGACUUCAGGGAAGCUUGCUGCCGCCAGUAUGAAAUGGGAGAGUGCACCCGAGGUGGUUUCUGCAACUUCAUGCACCUGAAACCUAUAUCGCGGGAACUUCGAAGGGAGUUAUACGGCCGUCGCAGGAAAAGGCACCGCUCUCGCUCGCGAUCCCGGGAACGACGCUCCCGCUCCAGGGACCGACGGCGGGACCGGGAGAGGCGAAGGUCGAGGGACCGAGAGCGCUCUGGAAGAUUCUGAAGGAAGCCAAGACUUACCCAAUGUCCUACCAAAUCCCUCCCCUUAACCCCAGCAGUGAUGACAGUUAUUUUCUUUUUUGGUGAAUUGUUGAAAGUGUUUUUCUUUUAUUCCCUUUUUUUAAGACAAGCUUGUGUCGCUUUCUCAAUAAAACAGAUUUGUAAUUCUCA